CGUCCCAUGGUGGGCUCAUGUCGUGCUUUUUCUUUGCUGUGUAUCUCCUCAGCACACCAAUGGCAAUACAAAACCAACACAGCAGCAGCAACAGCAAUGCCAGCCACAAGGCCCAGCCCAGCCUGAGGCAUCAUUGUCGCAGACUCAGUCUGCUGCCGCCUCGACGUCCGUGGCACCUCCUGCUCCUGCGACUAGCCCUACUCCACCAAAUGCUGCAAACAUGCAGUCACGACCCCUUCUAUCGCGGGUUCGCCUUGUGCUUUUCCUUUGUUGUACGUCUCCCCCACAUGCCGAUGGUCAUUAACGCAGCAUGUGUACAACUAUCUUAUAAAUGUAUCUAGUUCUUUUGUACACUAUUUUCUCU